AUUCACUUUAAUUGAUAAGAUAAGUUGAAUAUUGCAAUAUGGGUAUCAAACUGAAGAGGUUUAGGAAAGUUUAUAACCGAAGAUAUUUUGUAAGGAGGGUUUGAAAAAUUAUAUUAAAAUAAAUUGAUAAGAUAAAUGAUAUAUUACAAUAUGGGUAUCAAACAGCACAAAAACACUUUCAAAGCGCAGUGAAGUACACCGGGUAUGGGUAAAUCAGUUUAGUAUCUUGCGCAGCUCCCAAAGAAAUCUCUAAAACACAAUAAUGGGUUGAAGGUAAAGGGUUUUUCAUUUGUUUCCUCUUUAAGUGGGUGUUUCAGAUGAUAGGCGGCUACGAUAUCCUCGGUCAAGCAAAUCUCAGCCCUGUUUCGAGUUCCGCCGUCAUGUAUUCGCUCACGCCCAAUAACUAGCCGGUUUUAACCGCUAUUCUACAUUAAAAGCAUUACGACUUUAAUAGCGUUUUCUUUUCUCCAAAAAAUGUUGCAUUUAUUUUGACCUGUGCCAUGGCAGUCAAGUUUUCGUGUUAUUUUCUACUCUAGUCAAGAAAAUAGUGUGUGUUUUUGUAUGCCCUUUAGGUUGACGUUGUUGCUUUCGCCAUUCACUUUGCGAGUAGUGUGAGUUAACGGAAAGCAUUUGCGUUAAUGGCCAACCUGUUGGCUUUUUUUGACAGCUCUAAUAGACGCAAUAUUGCAAGCCUUUACCAAAAUGACGCUACCUCCGGCUGAAUUUCCCGAACAGAAAAUUAUGAAAUUUCCUUGGAUUAACAAAUUCGGCAAAUUUACAGAAAUCUUUUGCCAAUUUUGUACUUUGCCUUCGGAGUAUUGCCGAUAACCAAAAUCGCCGUAUCUAUGUACCAUUACCAUUACCACUGACAACAAAUUGUCCCUUUCCUUUCUACUAUUUCCUUUUCACUAACCACUCAGUGCGCACACGCGGAAAUGUCAAUGAAUUUUUUGUUGUGGAGGGGUUUCCACUCCCGCACUUCAAUAGCGAUAACCGUAACUUUUUGACGUUAGUGCAUUUGCGACAGCAGUUAGAGGUGGCGGCCAAAUGGCAGCAAGAAGGCAGUAGGCCGGAAAUUUCAUUGGUCAAAGCAUUCAGCUGUCGCAUAUUAACUGCAAAGUGCAUUUAUACAACAACAACAUCAACAACAGAAAUGCAAACAAAUUAUUUUCAGUGUACAUUUGCAGAAGUUGAACGGUGAAAAAAUGCUAUCAAAUCGAAAAAGUGAACAGUAAAGUGCAAAGUAUUUCUGGUGGUUUGAGAAACGAAAAUGCAUCAGUGCAAUAAAAAAUAAUAAACAAAAUAAUACGAAAAAGACUUUGAAAUUCAAAUAAAUGAAAAAUGAAAAAUAACUUACUUAAUGUGUAAUUGCAAUGUUGUUCGCCUGUCCUGACCACUUUUAUACACGUUUAUCAUUAGUACCAGCAGAAGCAGCGGCAGCUUGCAGCCGCAGUGCCAGUAUAUGGUCACCAUCGAAUGAUAAAUUCCUUUGCAGUGCAUCGCAUUCUGCUGCAUUGCUGGAAUAAGUAAACAAACGUUUGAGGAAAAAGAUUCCAAUAACAAUUUACGAAGAGCAAUGCUAUUAUAAUAUUUGAGAUACUGGGGUGCCCAUAGCAAAACUGCAAAAAAAGAAGAAAACUAACCAAAUUAGUAGUAGCUAAACAAAUCUAGUUAUGUUGAGCGCUAAUAAUACACAACAGUCUCAGCAACAACAACAACAAUCACAAUCAACACAGCAACAUCACGCUCAACACCAGCACCAACAUCAGCACCAGCAUCAACAACACAAUACACAGCAACAUCAGCAACAGCAUCAGCAGCAGCAGCAACAUCAGCAACAACAACAGCAAACACAACAAGUAUAUAACGGCGACUUGAACUUUACCACAUUUGCUGAACUUUGCCGCCUCUGCUCGAUACGAAAUGGUCCCGCCAAAAUUCAUCUCUUCGAGAAGGAGGCGGAGCAGAGGAAUUUGGUCUACAAACUGCGCACGCUAAUGUCAACAAAUAUAUCCAAGGACGACUACCUUCCGAAGAAUAUCUGCGAAGAGUGUGUGCUUAAAGUGGAACAACUCUUCGAUUGGCGACAAUCGUGUUUGCAGAUUGAAAAUGUAUUGCAGAACUAUGCAGAUUCGAUGAGAGCGGUGACGGCGACUAUUAACUUUCAGGACGGUACCGUUAAUAUGGAUAAAAUGACGGUUGCCCAAAAAAAUGCAUACCUUGAGGCGCACAUGGCUGUACAACAGCAAAUGGCGCAAGCAGCAAUACAAUUUAAGCAGCAACAACAACAACAACAGCAACAACAACAAACGUCCACAAAUUCUUCACAACAACAGAAUUCACCCACAACCAACAAUAAUAAUAAUAACAACACUAAUUCGUCGCAGCAGCAGCAGCAGCAGCAGCAGCAGCAAUUGCAACAGCAACAACAACAGCAACAGCAAGCACAUUACGCCAGCACGAUUAAGGUUCCACAAAUAAGUUCCUCUAGUUCGGGUGGCGCUGAGAGCACUUUCACAGUACCCGACGAUGUGGGUAUGGGCUUCGAGGGCGGUGUACGCGUACUACAGAGCUUAGGCAGUUGGUCGCCGGAUAAUGUUACCUAUAAUAUACCUAAACCAAAUUUAAUACCAUUUACCGAACCGUAUGUUGAGGGUGGUUCCAUGCAUCCGGCUAGUCGACUAAAGGCAUUGCAACAGGUGCAGCAGGCCUCGUCGGGAGUGCGUAAAACAAAUCCAUCUAAAAAUCCUAACAACAAAGCUUUUGAAUGCACUGUGUGCGGCAAAGGCCUCGCCAGGAAGGAUAAGCUGACAAUACAUAUGCGCAUUCAUACGGGCGAGAAACCAUAUAUUUGUGAAGUGUGCAAUAAAGCAUUCGCUCGACGCGAUAAACUUGUGAUUCAUAUGAAUAAAUUCAAGCAUGUGACGCCAACGAAUAUAGCGCCCUUGGGCAAGCGUCUCAACAAUAUGGUGAAAAAGAAAGAGCCCGAACCGGAGGACAAUAAGCAAAAUCUGGAAUUGCAACUGCAACAACAGGCCGUACAAGUGGCCACCCAGAAUAUUAUAGUGCAAACGACCAGCGGCCAGCAUAGUACACAAACCACAGCCAUACCAGGCAUCAUCAUACCGCAUCACCAUCAACAGCAGUUGUCAUGGACUUGUGAACUAUGUGGCCGUAUGUUCUCGAGUCGGGACGAGUGGACAUUGCAUGCCAAAAGCCAUCUAGAGUAUUGACAACAGGAACAGGAAACAAUGGAGGAAAUAAAAACAACAGCAACAACAGCCAAUGCAACAAAGCAGCACAGCUUUCAAACUGAGCCC